GAGGAGGAUGGAGGCGGUGGUGUUCGUUUUCUCUCUCCUGGAUUGUUGUGCGCUCAUAUUCCUUUCCGUCUACUUCGUAUCCUUGCCUGAGGCAGGCGGAAGCGAGUAUAAUUACAUUGUCUGAUUUAGAAUGUGAUUACAUUAAUGCUAGAUCAUGUUGCUCGAAAUUAAACAAGUGGGUAAUUCCAGAAUUGAUCGGCCAUACCAUUGUCACUGUAUUAAUGCUCAUUUCAUUGCACUGGUUCAUCUUUCUUCUCAACUUGCCUGUUGCUACUUGGAAUAUAUAUCGGUUCAUCAUGGUGCCAAGUGGUAACAUGGGAGUGUUUGAUCCAACAGAAAUACACAAUCGAGGGCAGCUGAAGUCACACAUGAAAGAAGCCAUGAUCAAGCUCGGCUUUCACUUGCUCUGCUUCUUCAUGUAUCUUUAUAGUAUGAUUUUAGCUUUGAUAAAUGACUGAAGCUGGAGCGGCCGCGGCUGAAGCUCGCCUACACUACCGUGCACGGAGGAGCCAGGCUACUUCGAUCAUCCUUAGAACCGUGACCAUAGCAGUAUAUUUUUCCUCUUUGAACAAAAAAACUAUUUUUGCUGUAUUUUUACCGUAUAAAGUAUUUAAAAAAUAUGAAUUGAGUUUUUGUAGAUUUCUGGUUCUCAACUUUAGCCACACCCCAGCAAGUAAAGGUGACUUGUCAUCAUCUGUAUGUUGAAGACGGUUGUUUGUAUCUAGGAGCGGGGCCGCCAUUCCAGCCUUGCAUGCCAGAGGAAGAAAGGAAACACCGUAACAGAAGCUUACGAGAUGAGCAAAGCUGCUCUUCAGGUCUGCCGAAAGCCAGAGUGCAAAACCGCACUGCUGAUCCGGACAAAGGAGAGCAAAGCUCGGUGUCGUUUCUGCCUGUGUCAUGGCAGCUCCCUAGGUUUCAUACGGUGUGAAGAUGUGUGGGACUGCCAGCUGAUGGAAAAAUGACGUUUCAAAAUACAUAUGUAUUUCUUUGCAGAAUCUGUGAAACCUUAUAAGCCAUUUGCCCAGGUACAAUGUAAUUCCUGCUUCUACAAAGGAAAAAUAAAUCAAAAAAGCAAAAUUUUAUCAAGAGCUUUUAUUUAAAAGCCACUACCUCCACAGUCUCCUUCAAACCCAAACAAUCCCACUGGCUCUUGUCGGGUCUUGUUUUUGUAUUGUAUUGUAAUCGUUCCAAGUAGUAUUUGAUCUCUUAGAUAUAUUUUUUAAUGGGUUUGGAGGGUGAUUUGGUAGAAGAUGCUCAUCAGAUUAGAAGCAGGGAAUAGUCAAUUCUCUUGUCAGUGAAUCUGAGCUAUUAGUGUUCUGCUUCUGCACUGAUGACUUUGUGAACUGGGAGACCCAGUAUAAGCCACCUCAUGGGAAUGGCAGUAUCCAACCAAACUCUGUUCCUUGGAGCUAUGUUUGUAAACUCUUGCUGUUGGUAAGAGCAGUUAACCUCUUCAGCUCUUUUUGCCACCUCUCUCCUAGGAUAAGGUAAACCUGGCAUUUUAUUCUCAGUUCUAGUUUGUGCUUCAAUGUUGCUGUCUUAAUAUUGGCAUUUAGGCAAAAUGUGACUGUGUUUUACGGCAGAGUCCACAGGGAUUCUUUACUCCGGUGAGACAGAUUUGGGCAGCUAAACAAGGUGUGUGGUCACCAAAAGAUUAAAUGUGUGUUUUUUAGCCCUAGACUAAGUCUAACCUUGGCAGAAGCAAGGGAGCCACUAAGCUAAACUCUAGAUAGAAAGACCCACAUUUCAGGAUGGAAGUAGUGCCCUGGAAGUAAAUGAACAGUGAAAUGGUAGCUAAGGCAAACUUGGUUCAGUUGGCCUCUUUGAGUUCUCUGAAAUUGCCCCUUGUGAUAAUCUUGUAUUCCUGCUAGGCAGAGGGCCAAGAAGCUAUAACAGAAUUACUUCGCUUGCAUCUCUUUUCCUUACUGUUUCCCUUGGAGGUACCUUCCUCUGUUUAAAAAUCAGGUCCGCACUCUGCCUUUCCCCCUAACUUCCAGGGCCUCUCCAUGUUCUGCUCGAGCUGUUAAAGUAUUGACGCCUCUGGAGCACUGAAAUCCUUAGAACUGAGAGACACGCAAGCUACUUCAAGAAGCCCAAAGGUGACCAAAAUGUUUAAUCCUCUCAUGCAAGUAUUCUUAAUAACCAAAAUAGAAACUCAUGCCAUUGAGAGGGACUCUGUCAGGCAUAAAUUGCUGAGGCCAAGCGGUCAGAAAGGUGCCUUGUUUAUAAGAUAGUAAAGAAGCUCUUCUGAUACAUUAACUGUGGUUAAAAACAAGCAACCCUUCCUUCUUGUAUUGCUUGUAUGUAUCAAAGUCAGGAAAGGUAACUAGUUUCUUUGUUUUCAUUUCUGUUUAGAAGUUCUUAUACAAAUGGUGUGAGGGGGGAAAAGUAAGCAUUGACUUUAAAAGCUAUGCUUACAGUGCUAACGGUUGAUUUCCCAUGCUUUUCCGAAAUUGGAGAGCUGCAGAGGACCUUGGAGGUCAUCUAGUCUGACAUCUUUAUCUUAGAGAACUGAGGCCUGAAGAGAUUGCCUGAGGUCUCAUCACGAGGAGCAUGUGGAGUCCUGGUGUGGAGUCCCGUGCUCUCUCCCUUACCACCCCUUUUAAGGGUGAUGUGUGGUGUCCCCUCUCUCUGCAGAGGCAGCACGGAGGGCCCAGGAGGUCCAGGCUCCCAUGGGGUGUUCCUGUGUGCAUGUUUUUCUCUCUUGUGCGUUGUGUCAUUUUCCUUGCCCUUGUCCCUCCAUCCUUUCAGUGGUAGGAAGUGACCUUGUUGGUCACUGGGAUCUCAGCUGAGAGUUGAGGAAGCAAGAUCUAAGAUGCAGCCCAGUUCUUCACAGCCUAGCAGGCUCCUUCAGCGGCCUUUUGUGCCACACCCGUGACAAUGGAAUAAGAGUCCAAACCUGCUUCCUCUGACCUGGUCUCACUUUGAAGUUGAGAGCUGAGAAAGCUUCCCAUAGUACUUCAUCUCCUGUGGCACUUAGCACUUCUGUCUGGUAUCCUAGGUAUCUGCAUUCAUUUAAUCUUCCCUACUAGAUUGUACGCUCCUGGAGGGCAGAGGCCACUCUUGGUCAUAUUUGUACCUUCCUACUGUCCUGGCACCUAGCACAGUGCCUUGCACACAGAAACAAUAAACGAUUGUUGAAUGAACAAGUAAAUCUGAUUGUGGUGUUCUGUUGCUCUUUCAGCAAGAAGUCUAGCUGAUGUCCUUUAAGUCAGAGAAUUUGAAGCAAUGGAGCAACAUAAAGUCCACCAUCUUUGUUUUCAAGGCAGUCACUUGAAACGUUCUAAGAUAUGUUGGGCUAGGAAAGGAAACUGCUCUAUUUGAUCUACUUGAGACUUGUGAAAUCAUCUUUGCUCACAAUAUUUAUCAGUAGUAGUGGUGAAAAGUGCCACGUACUAGAUAUAAUUAGUUGUCCCAAAAAUCUAAAUAAACUUGUGCUAAUACAUAGAAAUAGGCAACAAGAUAGAGAAGGUAAGUAUGAUAUUCUAUGCUCAUUAUCCAGAUCUCAGACAUCUGACUUUAUGUACUUUAAGCCAAAUAUACUAUUUUGCUCUGUAGUAUAUCAAAGAUUGAAAUAUUCUUGGUAUAGUGGGACUGCAGUUAAUAAGGCUGUUCAAAGAAUGGGCUAUUCUGGGUUUCUGAGGCUUUGCCAGUGAAGCCUUUUGGUUUUAAGCCAUACUUUUUGUGAAAAUGCUAAAAGAUGGUAGCCAAUUUGUUUGCUUUCAAAUGAAUACUAACGACUGAGGAUCAUUCAAAACUUGAGGGAUGUCAUUCUGAACUGCAGUAAUCACAAUUAUAAACGCUGUCGGGACUGUAGAUGUUAAAGCGAGUGUUCACUGAGCUAACUUGGUAGACGGCCAAGUUGCUCUUAGAUUAAAUUCCUUGGUAAAAGCGGCUUUUGUUGUCAACUGCUUCCCUCUGAAGCUGGGUAGGAGGGGUGAGCAGGUGAGAGGUCAGAAUCAGCUAGCUGAGAGCUGAGGUUUGCUGGUGGCUCCCUCUGCGGUGUGUCUGCUUCGCUACAUCCGUUCCGAAGCGAUCCUGUUUUCAUCUACAUAGUUUCCAUUAAACAUUAGAACUUAGUCAAAAUGUGCGUCAGUUUAACAUAUACUUAAAUUCCUAUUCUCUAGUGGAUCACCUUGUGUGUCUGAUAUUCAACCAAAAAAACCAAACCAAACCCAUUGCCGUCGAGUUAAUUCCAACUCAUAGUG